CGUACAAGGAAGCUGCGUUUGUUUUGCUUUUUUGAGCGUAAAUGAGGUACUUGUAGAUGCUCUUUCCGUGUCAUAUGCUUCCAAUUUUUUUUCUUGAAACUUCCAGGUUGUAUUGGCGAGUAGAGAGGCUUUUUUUACGAGCGACUUUUUUCCCCGCCUAGAGUAAGACCUCAUCUAGCAGUAUCGGUAAAAGUUUUUUGUUGUCGACACCCCGUAGUUAGCUUCCUUAUGAAAAACAAGAAGCGCCCGCACCCUCCGUGGUGCGGGUAUAAACGCUAACGGAGGACUACGUAGUGGAAAGAUUCUUUUGUUGAGAGUUUUUUUUUCGCCGCAGAACAAACCACGUUUUAAUAUUUUUGCUUCUCUCCUAGCACAGCAUCAAUUUCUUCGCCGUGUAACCAACCGUAGGGUCAGCGAAGAGUGAAGAGAAGAAGUUCUACCUCAGACAUUCUUCUGGAAAGAUAAAAAGCGAAACUAGUAGUACAACUACCUCUUUACCGCACACUAGAAAAACCAACAAAAAACCACCCAAAAAUGAACCGCAAGAACCGCACGCUCGACACCCUCCUCGACCCCCGCGAGGAGGUCGUCCUCAUCGGUUUGCUCAAGGCCGCGUCGGAUGCCGAGUAUGAGAUCGAGGAGGUCCGGCAGCAACUGUGCGCCAACGCCAGCUUCGACCCGUACGCGUGUUUCCGCAUAUGAACUGCAAAAGUAUCGCACUCGUAUAAAUGCAUCACAAAUUCCCUCAGCAUGAGAAAUGCGAUAAAUGCAUCACAAAUUCCCUCAGCAUGAGAAAUAAAAUUUGUAAUGCGGAUUUACAUGGAGAAAAAAAUUUGUAAUGCAUGACUGCAAUACGAGUAGGAUACUUUUGCAGUUCAUACCGCAUGCUGAACAACAACACGAAACUGCUGUCCUCGUUCGACAUCGCGAAGUGGCUGAACCUAUCAAAUGCAAAAAUGUCUGGGUCUGGAAGAAUGCAACUUGUGAUGCUGGAUUUGGAUUCUAAAAAAAUUUGUAUUGCAUGAGUAGCAAAGGGAGUGUAAUUCUUGCUACGCGGAUAGGGCAUUUGUCAUGCGAGAUAGGCAUCAAGAACCCCUCGAAAAAUCGGUGAUGCUACGGCAUGCAUCACAGACAUCAUCGCUUAUGCAAAACGUGCAUGACAAGUCUCAGAAUCUCCCAGACCCAGACAUUUUUGCAUUUGAUAGAACCGGCAGUAUUUCAAGAACACCAUGCUGUGCGAGGCCAACUGCAGCAACAUCUGCAAGUCCUACAUGGGGAACCUGUCCGGCGAGGGUGGAGCUGCGAGCCCGAAGACGCUGCAGCAAGCCUACCACCAGAACGAGAUUUUAUGCAUUGCAAAGAUGUCUGGGUCUGGAAGACUGCGAGAUUUCUCAUGCUAGUUUGGCAUGACUCUGAUGAACUCUGUAUUGCGUGGCCACGAAGACCUCCUCUUGUCUGUCAUGCAAAGACGAAUGUUUCUCAUGCAGAAUACGCAACACAGAGCCACGAGAAAAUCUUUCAUGCUUAGCGGUGCAUUAAAGAGCGCUUUCUGUUCACUGACAUGCAUCACAAGUUUCUAGACCCAGAUAUUUUUGCACUUGAUAGAUUUCCAUCGAUGACUACAUCAAGUCCAACGGGAAGAACAAUUCCUUGAUGCUAUCUUGAGUAAAAACGUCCCCACACCAGAGUCAAGAUGGGAAGGCUGCUAGACAAAUCAACCUGCUUUGGGUGUUUCGCAUGACAAGUCUGUCUUCUUAGUGUAGUCCUGUUUUAGGUAGGUCCGCAGCAUCACAGACCUAGCGUAUGAUGCUGAUUAUAGCAUCACAAAUUCCAAGGCGCGACUAGAAAAUGCUUCUCAUGGAGCUCCGCAUGAGAAACUUUUUUGGCUUGCUGAUUUGCAUGACAGCUCUGGGGUGGGGACGUUUUUAUUCAGAAUAGAUGCUCAAGUACGAGGAGUUUCUGAAACUCAUCCUGCCCCGCGAGGACAAGGGCAUCCGGAAUUUGGUCCUCUGCCGGCGCUACAACAGCUUCCAGCUGAAGAACUACGAGCUGGACCGGGAGGCCGGGUAUUUGUUCGUGCGGCUGUUAGAGUUGGAGUCCAACCUGUACGAGGAACUCACGAUCCGGAAGAAGCGGCUCUUGGAGUACGAGUGGCGGGAGAAUAAGAAGCACCUCCACCAACGGGCUUUCACCUGGCUGCAGUCGCAAUCCGCCGUCCCCGGGCAGGCGCACGUGUCGGUGCUCGGGGUUUGCCGCCUUCUGUGCGACGUGAAGCAGGUGCUGACAAGUAUCGAUGUGGAACGGCUGUUUCACCGGGUGAACAUCUCCAACACGGACAUGCUGUCUUACGUCGAGUGGGAGCGGUUUCUGCAGUCGGACGAGGCGGAACAGUAUCUGAAUGAGCUCUACAUUAAGUACUUCACCACCGUCUGUCCGGGGUGCGGCACGUUUUGCCAGCGGGAGGGCGGCGCCUGCAACAACGUCACCUGUUCGGUGUGUCGGACUACUUUCCGGUGCGACACGAAGACCGACUUCGCGCCGUCCGCGGAGUCGCCGGACAUGCCGGUGUUUGUGUCCCAAACCGUGAUUGGGCAAACGGCCUCGAAGUCGCUGAAAUCGAGAUCCGAGAAGGUGGCGAGUUCCAUGCAAACCCCCCGGACGACGAAGUCUUCCAAUUCGACGAACUUUGUUUCGUCUCGGACUGGAAGCGCGGCUGCGGGCAAUAACACGAGCAACCCUUCCAUCCGGAUUUCCAGCCUGGCCUCCACCGACAUGCGGGGCAAAUCGACGAAGCUGGACUACACGACCCUGAACCGCAACACGAGUUUGUCCUCCCCACGCGGCCGGACCAAGAAGCAGCAGGACUCGUUGGCCAACUACCGGGAAAAGCAGGUCUCCUACACGGCCAGCAUCAUGUCACCGCGAUCGUUCUCGCCGGCGGCUAGGACCACUGGAUCAACAAGUAGUACUGCUGUCGUGUCGCCGAAGAUGAUGAAGGCCGCCACCACCACGAAGGCCAACAGCGACCAAGUUCUGUUGAACAUGUCCAUGGGCAGCACGUAUCAAAUGCAAAAAUGUUUGCGUCUGGAAACUUGUGAUGUCAGUUUGUGAAUGGUGGGCGCAUAUCAAUAUGCAGCCACGCAUGACAAGUUAUUGAGCUCCCGUGUGUUUCGCAUUCCGCAUGACAAACUGCAUAUUUGCACGAUAGGGAAGAGCCUUUUUUCCUGCUCUGGCAUUACAGAUUUAAGAUUCAUGUGAGCCAAGCAUGACAAACUUGCUUUCUUCCAGACCCAGACAUAUUUGCAAUGCAUAGUACGAUGGCGCCGGCGGACUCGGACCAGGAUAUGUCGCCCAUUGCAUCGUACUUGAUUUUUUUGCACGACAGAAUAGUAGAAGUAGUGGAUUUUGUUUGCCAAUAUGAAUUUUUGCACGCGAUGAAAUCAUGAGUCUUACUUUUCCACCUCAUGAAUGUCGUGUCUGUAUAUUAUGUGUUUCUUCAGCAUGUAGGAAAUAAAUAUAUUUAUUUUUAGAGCAUCAACAUCAUCUACCUCUGCCAUGGAAUAAAUAGACUGAAUAAAUCAAAACACAACUGAAACACAGCACCUACACCCGCGUUCUGUCCUCUGCCAUGGCCUCGCCCGCGAGUCGCAAGGUGUCAAAUUGUGGCCCAAAAUUCUCGAGCACCGUGCGCCACAUGAACAACUCGACCACGUUGGACGAGGACGACUACUACGGUGCCAUAGAGAAGGACAACACUAGUUCCAAGCUGAACAACGGCAUGAACACCUACACCGCGGUAUUCCGAGUUAAAGCAUCUCCACCCCAGAGUUGUCUGUCAGGCGAAUUUGCAUGCCAAAAAAGUAUCUCAUGCAAAGCCCCAGGAGAAGCUUUUUGUUUUUCUAGUUGUGUUUUGGGAUUUGUGAUGCUGGAAAGAGCAUGAUAUGCUAGAGCUGUGAUGCUGCUGAAUUUUUAGUUACUCAGGAUCACACUACCAGGACAAACUUGUCAUGCGAAACAACCAAAGUUGGCCGUUUUGUCUAGCAGAUUUUCCAUCUUGGGGACGUUUUUACUCCGGAUACGCGGAUUUGAAGCGGAAACGGCAGAUGGAAAGCCUCUCCCUCGUGUUGGACGUGAUGUUCCAGCAAAUCGACCUGGACAACUACCUGGAGCAGGAGAAGGAGAAGCUGUGGCAGGACGGGAUCAACAUCGAGGCCGCCUUCCAGAUGCUCGACCGCUGCAACAAGAAGCACAUCGCGGACACGGACAUCUGGACCGUGAUGCACGGUUCGGAAUUCCAGGGCGGGGUCACGUUCGCGGGUGUGUGCGCGCUGUUUCGCGACCUGAAGGGCACGACGAACGCGGCGGCCGCAAAAGAGAAAAUCUUUGGGCAGCUGUCGUUGGCGGAGUUGACGCAAUUCCUGUUCCCCCGGCAGGCGGAGGAGUGGCAGAACGUGCAUUCGGACAUGACCGACGAGGAAACCAAGAACAUCCUGUGGGUGGUGCGCUCCACGAUCUCGUGUCCGGGAUGCGGUUUGAGGACGCAGAGAACGCAAGAAGGCUGUCCGCAGGUACUAUGAUUCGUUGUAUGUACGUUAGGAGGGUGUGUUGAAAAUAAGCAAGGAACGUCGAUUGAGAUUGAGUGGAGCUUCAUUCAAAAACCGAAAAUAUUCUCAAGUACAUCCUGCAGAUGCAGGUGAAUAUCAGAUGCAAAUAAUUUUGAGUGAAUUCGCUUUGGUGCGAUCAAGGAGGACUACAAUUGUGUACAAGAAAAUUAUCCAAUAUAUCACUUUAUCAGGUGACCUGUCCGUCUUGCCGCACGGCUUUCCGGUGCAACUUGAUCGGAGACGACCGCGACCACCAAUUCCGCCUGACCAUGACCCAACGGCACAAGCUGCGGAACUUUUUGAAGCUCAGCGUCGACUGCGCGUUGGAACAGGAAGAGUUGAAGAAGCAGCAUAUUCUGAGUAAAAACGUCCCCAUCUUCCCAGAGUUGUCAUGCAAAUGUGCAAUGAGAGGAAUCGAUUUGUAAUGCGCAGCUCCAUGAGAGGCGUUUUCAAUCGUGCUUUGGAAUUUGUAUUGCUGUAGUAAACAGGAGUAGAAAAAGAAAAUAGCUUUCUCCUGCGGCUUCCCUUGCCAACCAGCACUACACUGCAGAGGGAACAAAGAACUUGUCAUGCACAGCCCCCACAACUUGGAGGGUUGUGUUGCUAGAUUCCCAACUUGACUCUGGGGGGAGGACGUUUUUGCUUAGGAUGCAGCUCGCGUUCUCCGGUGAAUCCCUGUCGUCGCUCCUGCUGGACGCGUUCCUGCUGAUCUCCCAGGACAAGGGGUAUAUGAACAUGCAAGAUUUGAAACGCGCCGUCCUGUCCGAGAAGGCCAUUCGAGCCACCGACAUGGAGUUGCUCUGGACGAGGUACGCCCGCGGUGCCAGGAAGCUCGGGUUCGUCGAGUUUAGUGCCGGGCUGAAGCCGUUCGGACACAACUGAAACAGAGUGUAGAAGUACUUAAUAAAGUUUUUCUGGAAGAGUAAGAGAAAAUACUAUGUAGUUUUCGCUUCUAUGAAGGUAUGGUUUCGUACAAGAUGUACAAUAAGUGCUUGCAAACUCCUUACGGUGGAAUUGUUUACGGAAAUAUUUACGUAACUAUCGGGAAUGAAGCACAAUAUCAACUUUGAUGGUACUUACUGAUUUCACAGAUGAGGAGGUUUCCAUAGGUUGCAAAACAGAUAUAUCCAUAUCGUAAAGUCUCUCGCAUGGGAAGCAGUACACAUAUAGCAUAUGUUCAUAGAGUGAAAAAUUAAGGCGGAUAAAAAUAAUUUCUCAAAGUAAGUUUACCCAACUUCAGCAUGGCAAAGUUUAUUGUGCAAAAAUUAACUUUUACGUCAUCUACCACUCGACCAUCCUUCUAUCAGGAUUCUUCAGAAUCACUAAAAUUUUUACAAAUUUCAUUUUUCCCGUACCCCGGAUAGUGCAAGCAAAGUUGUAUUACCAUUUUAGAUGGAGACCAAUAUUACUGUCUACCCUCUUGCUCUUCUCGACUUCUCGAGUAGAACAGCUGCGAAGAAAUUAUCCUAAUCAGCAACUAGUUCAACUUCUACAACCGCCAACAUAAACAUUACCGUUCUUGUCCAUCGUGGACAAGAACGAUCGAAAUUAAGACUUACCAUAGUUUCCGUUUCAGAAAGAGAAAUCUACAUGUCAACAUAGGUUGCUAGGUUCCGCGAAGAUUUGUUGUCAUCAAAAAUCAAAAUGGCAGUGAGAACAAGCAGGGUUGAUUAGAUUCGGGAAUGAAUAUGGGAUCAAGAUCUUCAUGCGGUUCUUUCACAACACAGGUUAAUUUUGGAAAGCCAAAUUUGAUGGGAAGCGGAAGCUCGGAGGAGCAUUCUUUCGUAAAU